CAAUAUCUCGAGUCUUUGCCUUCUUCUCGUGUUUCUCUUACCUCUCCUUCUCUCUUUCCCUGUCUCUUAUUGUUGCCCAGGAGGCCUAAGAGAUAGUUGGGCUGAUAUUUACCGUCUAAAACCUUUCCAGGACAACUGGAAAUAAUAUUGAAUAGGACAAACUGAACAGAUUGACGCAUUAUGAGUGGUGGGGAGAGAACCAGCUUUAGCAGUGUCGAGGAAGAGCUGCAAUACUGGAAGGACCAGGCAGCUCACCUAAGACAAGAUUUGGAGGACUUAAGAGCAGAGUUUGAUGAUUUUCAAGAAAACAGUAGAGACUUAGAAGCAGAGUUGGAGACAUCCCUGGAGCAAACUGAAGCAAAGAACAGAGAACUAUUAGCUAAAGUCCAAAGACUCCAAGACGAGAAUGAUCAAAUGAAAUCUAGGUUAGAGACACAGACAGCAGAGAACUAUGUGACUAUCAGUAACUUACAGGCAGAGAAUGCCGACCUAAUGCAAAUCAAGGAAUCCUACAUGAAGUACACAAGAGAACUGGAGCAGCUUAACGAUGAUCUGGAGAGAGGGAAGAGAGUUACGAUGACUUCAUUAGAUGAUUUUGAAACUAAACUAAACAUGGCUUUAGAAAGGAAUGCUAUACUAGAGAAUGAACUGGAUGAAAAAGAUGAGCUCUCCGUUGCCUGUCAGAGACUCAAAGAUGAAGUCAGAGAUUUACGUUCGGAACUGGAUAUUCAAACUAAAGUGGUUGCCCCUGACAACAGUGAAGGCUCUCCUCUCUCUCGUCUCAAAGCCUCUCAUCCUUCCACGAUGUCAGUCGGCAUGACAACCUCACCAAUUACAAAGAAGAACACUCCCAUGGCCACACCUACCCGGGGGAACGUACCACAGCCUCAGCCGAUAACCCCAUCAGCUAGAAUAUCAGCUUUGAACAUGGUGGGGGAUCUACUUAGGAAAGUUGGAACAUUAGAGACAAGGCUGGCAUCCUGUCGUACUAAUUUAUCAAAAGACACCAUCAAACAUAAUCGCUCGCUGAGCCCUGCUAGUGGUUCACCCAGAUCUAAAAGAUUACACGUACAGAAGUUGAAUGGUGAUGCUCCAGCUGGUAACAAUGUGACAGGAGGACAGGUACCUCCUGUCAGCCAUCUUACAAAGAUAACAGUAUAGCCACGCCCACUGACACGCCCACCAUUACAUUAACAUGUAAAAGACUCUCUCUUUGUGUAUGUAUGUAUGUGUGUGUAGAAACACUAUAAGAGACAAAUUAACGUAAUGAAAAAUAACUUAAAUGAAUAAUGUAGCCACGUCUUUCUUUCUCUCUAUUUAUCUAUUGCUAUAAUUAUUGUGAUCAUUUAUUAUUAUUAUCAUUAUUAUUAUUAUCAUUAUUAUUAUUAUUAUUAUUAUUAUUAUUAUUAUUAUUAUUAUUGUGUAUGUUGGACUAUUAUACACACUUUUAAUUCACCAGCUUAUAAUAUUAACUACAA